AUGGAAGGCAGCGUGUUCGUUUCGAGAAGGCAUAUGGCGGUCAGGAUUUGGUGCGCCAUGCUGGCGGUGGCGUUGAUCGCGGCGGCGGCGACGGCCGGCGCCGAGAAGAAGGUGAUCGUCGCGAUGGAGGCGCUGGUGAACUGCCAGGACUGCGCGAGCGUGGGCACGUUGAACCUAGGGAAGGCUCGACCGCUGCCGGGGGCGCGGGUGGUGGUGACGUGCCGGGACCACCGUGGCCGAGUGGUUCUCUACCAGGUGGGGAAGGCCGACGACAACGGCUACGUGUUCGCGGAGCUGUACACCACUACGAUGCGGGGAGGAUACUUCGACCCCGCGGAGGCGUGCGCCGCACGCCUCCUGACGUCGCCGGACGAACGGUGCGGCACCGCCACCGACGUCAACGGAGGGGUUCAGGGGUCGCCCCUCCGGUUUCAGAACACCACCGUCCCGGGGCAGUACGCCGACAUCGACGUCUACGCCGCCGGGCCUUUGGCCUUUCGGCCGCCUGACUGCCUGCCGAAGACCUCCACACAAUCCUAA